CGCUUAGGGGCAUGGGGCGCGGUUUUCACGUGUCAACUCGCCCAAUUAGUGUGGAUUUUCGAAAAUAUUAAAAAGCAUCACGCAAUAUUUUGCAGAGAGAGUUUCAGCCAACAAUCGCAAAUGUUUAUUUGCGGCUUAGUAAAAAGUCACACAAGAACAGCUCUUGUUAAAAUAGAGGAUUAAAAUAAACCAGAGAUUGGGUGUACUGGUUGGGCAAAAAAAAAAGAAAACAGCUGAUGCUCGUUUUUUUAAGCAGUGGUUGAAAAAAGUACUUUGGGCAUUUAAUUUAGUAGGGAAGAUUGUAGCUCUGAAGAAUGAGAAAACAUUGGCCUUCAGCGCGGUUGCCGAGUUGUCCUGGGGGUUGCACGCAUUUGCUCCGCGCUGAAUGAAGAAGAGACCGUUGUGGAACUACCGCUGCUGCAAAUGUACUAUUCGUGCACUUGUUGUACAACAAAUUUAAAAAUCAAUAGUUUCUACAGUAUAAUCUGCAAAAACUCAAUUAUUAUGCAUCUGAGCCACAUUUUUGCAUGUUGUUGCUCCCUAAAACAGAAAUUAGCAGCAAAAAGCACCGGUCUUUGUUUUUUCCUGUAUUUCAGUUGUUCUCAGAAACAACAAAAAAAUUGGUACUCCUCAAACAACAAGUUUUCACCGGAAUAUCCAGCUGAAUAUUUCCACUUAAAAUGCUUUGGUUAUUUGCAAACAAAAAGCAAUAUGUGUUAUCAAGCACAGCCACAUUGACUCGUUCCAAUUGUACUGAAGCUCAGCGAUUUAGUACAUUUAUACUUGCCGCGUGAACCGCGUCACCCAUCUGAUAACUGUCGUCAGAUGGCCGUCAAGAUGGCAGAAGCAAGCACGUUCGUAGGUUAAUGUGUCGCGUUUGUUUAGUAUUUUUGCGUAAUUUGUAGUAUGUAGUUUAAAAAAAACCAUCAGUUUCCCGUAAACAAGUACAUGGUACUAGAGCGGUUAUUUGUACGUGGCGCGUCGCACUAACACUCGAAAAUUACCCAGUGAAUGGUGACUGUGACUAUGGAAGAUGAGUUUUUUGACCAAUUUCGCAACAAGGAUCUUUCCAAGAUCAAAAGGUUCGAUUUCAAGAAGUUCAAGGCUGCAAAGGGGUCGCCAACGCCCCCGCAUUCCACCGUGAACGCCGCGAGUCAAGAGGUCUCUAACAGUUUGUCCAGUGUUACUCCUCAUAAGAGCCCUGAAAGGGCAUUACCAGUGCAAAAGCUAGUUAUACCUUCAAGAAAGCCAAAGCCAACUAGUACAAAGGUGUCAAAUGAUAUUGGGGCUGCUAAAAGCAGUGAUACUUACCUGGAUAGCCUGUAUAAAAGCACUGGGGCCCAACGGGAGCCCCCGGCUGCUCAAAUAGUGAUUAAGGCCAAUAGCCCCAGUUUGCUCUCGGGGGCCUCGCGGCCUCCUUGCAAUGUCAGUAAGUAUUUCACGGAGGGCAGCCCCAAAAAAGGCAGCGAGAAUGCGUCCCCCUUUAAGAGGAUUUUACAGUCAAAGCUGCAAUCACUCACUGUUGAGGAAUCUGUGGAGGUCAAGCCGAAGAAGUUCCACUUUAAGAACCGUUUGAGGGCUUCGGCUGCUUCAGAGGCAAAGCCUCAGCCAAAGGAAGAAUCGACUCAGAAGACCGUCCAACCAGGCAAAUCUCUAAGUAAAGCAAAGGGCCUGCUGGUGUCCGAGUCACUAGAUGUGAACGACGCCGACUAUAUGGAUGACGAUGAGUUUGAGCGGCGCUUUGGAGGCUUGGCCGAGCCGGUGGAGGGCAUUGAACAACACAAGGUAGAAGAAGACACUAAAGAACUUUUAAAUGAGAUAUCAAACCUGGCGUGGGACGAGAACGUUUUCGAAGAAGAGCCUCAGCAGGGCUUCAAGGAUCGCGACGACGACUCGGAGGAGUUCAGAAAGGACUACGAACACUCGGAGGUGAUGAUGGAGGUGCUGCAUCAGAAGUUCGGAUUGCGGGAGUUCAGGCCUCAUCAACGCGAGAUCAUCAAUGCCAGUCUUAUGCAGCACGACUGUUUUGUUCUGAUGCCUACCGGGGGCGGCAAAAGCUUGUGCUACCAGUUGCCGGCUAUCCUGAUGCCUGGAGUGACUGUGGUGAUUUCGCCGCUGCGCGCUCUGAUCAGCGACCAAGUGGACAAGCUGAAUGCCCUGGACAUAACAGCCGCCCAUCUGUGUUCGGACGUGUCCAAAUCGGACAGCGACCAGAUCUAUAUGAAGCUCAGCAUGAGAGAGCCGGGAAUCAAGCUUCUCUACCUCACGCCUGAGAAAAUCAGCGCUUCUAGGAUCAUCAUCGACAUGCUGAAUGGUCUCUAUCAGCGGGGCAAACUGGCCAGGUUUGUGAUCGAUGAAGUCCAUUGUCUGUCCCAAUGGGGCCACGACUUUCGGCCCGACUACAAGCAGUUGGGGCUGUUGCGCAGCAACUACGGCGAAGUGCCCAUCAUUUGCCUAACGGCCACCGCCACUAAACAGGUGGAGAACGACGUUAUUAACAUUCUAAAUUUGAGGAGCGUGAAACGGUUCAUACGCAGCUUCAAUCGGCCCAACAUCAAGUACGAGGUGAUCAACAAAAAGGGCAAAGCCACGGGCGCAAUAGCCGGCCUUAUAAAGUCGAAAUUCCCGAAAAAAUCCGGCAUUGUUUACUGCCUGAGUCGCAGCGAUUGCGACCGUCUAGCGGAUGAUUUCAACCAGAUGGGAGUGAAGGCGAAGCCCUAUCAUGCUGGCAUGAACGACAAGGUGCGGGAAGCGAUCCAAAGAGAGUGGAUGCAGGAUAGAUUCCACGUGAUCGUGGCUACUAUUGCCUUUGGCAUGGGUAUCGAUAAACCAGACGUGCGCUUUGUAAUCCACAAUUCCAUCCCCAAGUCGGUGGAGGCGUUCUAUCAAGAGAGCGGGCGCGCGGGGCGGGACGGCGAGGUCUCCUACUCCUACCUGUUUUACUCCUACGGCGACGUCGGCCGACUUAAAAGGCUGAUGCAGAUGGACCGCAAUAUGAACAAAAAGACACUGGAGGCGCAUAACGAGAAUCUCAAACAGAUGGUGAGCUUUGCGGAGAACGUGGUGGACUGCCGCCGCUAUAUGCAGCUGAUCCAUUUGGGCGAGCAUUUCAACCGGCGGAUUUGCAUCGAGAACGCGGCAACUACGUGCGAUAAUUGCCAAAACAUCGACAAGUACAAGACAAUCGAAGUGACCAAGCAGGCCAAAGAGCUGUGCACUCUUGUUAAAGACAUUUCGGGCAACGGCAACUUCACUCUGCUGCAUGUGGCUGAUGUCUACAAGGGGGCGAAGAUCAAGAAGAUCAUGGAGAAGGGCCAUAACAGGCACCCGCUUUAUGGGGCCGGGGCCCCGAUGGACAAGACCGAUGUGCAUCGGAUCCUCAAAGAGCUGAUCCUCAAGCACGUGCUGCAGGACUUUUGCACCUACACGGGCGAGUUUCCUGUCGUCUACAUUCGCCUCGGGAAGAUGUUCUAUCAGUUUUACAACUCGGACUCUCGAUUGACGAUUUCCGUGUGCAACGACAAGCAGAUUCGGCAGCAAGAGCCGCUGCUGCGUGUCUCUAGUGAAGAGUUUGAGGACAAAAGUCGCCCUGCCACCGCCUCUAAGGAGGUGAUCCGACACAGUGUGCAGAAGCAGAACACUGCAAAGCUGCAGGCGGCGCGCAAACUUCAGUUGGCGCAAUUUAAGGUACAAUGCCACGAAGAACUACUGGAGGAAUGUCGCCGAUUGGCCAUGGAGCGCAACCUCACGCUCUCCUCCAUCAUGAAUCUGUCCGCCAUCAAAUCGAUGAGCGACCAUCUGCCCGCGUCUAAAGAGGAAAUGUUGAAAAUCCAGCACGUAACGGUGGCUAAUUACACCAAGUACGGCGAGUUUUUCCUGCCAAUCACGCAGAAGUUUCGCGAAAAGUACGACGCGCUGCUGCCAUUGACUACGCUUAAGAGCAGCCCUGAGGCGGCGCAGGAUGAGGACGAUUUUCGCCCGUCAACGUCCCAAAGCCGGGGCGGUUCGCCCAGUAAAAAGGGCGUCAAACGCAAGGGCGGCUGGGCGGGCAGGCGGGGCGGCUUUAAGAGGAAGAAACCCGCCAGCAAGAAGGGCAAGAAAUCGGCCAGCGGAAGUGGCUGGAAAACGAAAGGCACCGCCAAGGGAAAAUCAAAAGCGAGUUCCAUCGGGCUGAUGCCAGUGCACAUAAUGUGACAACUUUCGAAAAACUUAUUGUUUUAUUGUUACCCCUUAGAAAGGACCUUUUUUCGCCGAUUUAUACCGUAGUAAUAGAAUUAAUUGCGACUUUUUAGCGGCAAACCAAGACCAUUGAUUUGAUUAAAAACUGUUCACAUAG